AUGCACCUUACCUUUGACUACCUCCGCCUACACCGCUCCUGCUGGACGCUACUCCGUAGUGCUAAAGACGCUUGCGCGGACUCAUUGCGCCAAACUUUUGGCUCUGAUUACCUUGAGGGCGAGAACCAGUUGCCGUUUAUUGUUGGCUAUCUUUUCAUGUGUGCUUUCACUGCAGACAAAGUGGGUAAAGGUGAUGGCUCGACUACUAGAGGUAAAGUCUUCCUUGAGGCUGCGGGUGCUAUAGAUGUAAUGAUUGAGACUGGCGAGGGAGCCGUCUGUGCGAAGAUGAUGGAGGAGUAUUACAACUAUGCUGUGGACUGGGAUGAUUUCGAGGAUGAUGAAGACAGUACUCCGGUCUAA